AUGGAACUAGAAAGAUCAAAAGAAAUUCUUAGUAAUCUAUUAGCUAAACAAAUUGAUUUAAAUGAACAAAUCUAAAAUGAAAAUGAUGAAUUAAAUAUCAAUCUUAAGUGAUUUUAUUAUUCUAUCUUAGACGAUUACUUAAUCUCUUAAAUUAAAAAGAUAAUCAAUUAUAAGAUAUUUAAAAUAGAAUUUUAUAAGUUGAUCAAACUGAAAAUCAAUAUUAAAUCACUAUUUCUUAACAAAAAUAAUUUAUCUAAUAAAUACAAUCUGAAAAUCAAGAAUUAUUAUUAUAAAUUCAAUAAUAAUCAGAAAUUAGAAAUAAAAUGGAAUAAGAAUUAUCUAAAAUUAUUGAAUCUUUUGAAAAAAUGUAAAAAAUUAAUUAACAAUAAUAAGAAGAAAUCAAUUUACUUUAAGAAAGAAAUCAAUAAUUAGAAGAAACCUAAAUUACUAAUUCAAUUUAAAUUGAAUAAAGUUAAAAAUAAAUCAAAUUACUUAUUAGCUCUAAUGAAGAUUAUGAAAAAUAAACAGAUAUACUCUUAAAGCAAACUAAUGAACUGAAAUAAAUAUAAAUUAAAUUACUCUACAAUUUAGAUGCAAUAUAAAAAGAAAAAGAUGAUAUGAGUACUUAAUUUGAUCAAAAAUUAAUACAAUUCAAAUCUUGUUUUCAAAGUACAGCUGAAAAUACUAAAGAUUUAACAAAUCAAGUAAAUGAAUUAACUGAUCAACUUUAACUACUCUAAAAACAAGUAAUUAUUAUCUAUUUAAUAUAUUAGAAUUAAUAAUUAAUAGAAUAAAUUGAAAAUUAUCAAUCACUUUCUCUUAAAUUAGAAUAAGAAAGAGAUAAAUAUCAUAAAGAUUUAGAAAUUACUACUUAAAAUAAUGUAAGAUUAUAAAAAAAUAAUUCAAAUCUUGAAAUUUAAUUAAGCCAAUUAUCACAAGAUCAAGAAUCAUCCAUUAAAAAAGUAAAAAGUUAUUUUUAUUUAUUAGAUGAAAUAUGCUAUAGAAUAAAUUGAUGAACUUGAAUAAGUUAAUGACAGUUAGUUAAAAUAAAACAAUGAACUAAAAUAAUAAAUAAAAAAACUACAAUAUCAAUAAGAUUAGAUUCUUCAAGAAAAGCAGGUUAUUUAUGAAUAAUUUGAAUAAAUUCAGAAAAAUGCUCAGUAUGAUCAUGAAGGAAAUAGAGAUAAAUAUAUUAAAUUAGAUAGAUCAUAUAAAGAAUUACACUGUCAAUAUGAUGAAUUAUUAAAUAAAGUAUCUAUGAUUUUGUAUUUAUUAGUCUAAAAUUUAAAAUUAGACUUUUGAAGAAUAAUAAGUUUAAAUUUAAUUAAAUAUUAAAGAAAUCAAUGAAUUAAAACAUAAUUUAAGAGUUUUACAAGAAUCUGAAAGAAAAUUCUCUUAUAAUUAUGAAGUUAUGAGUAAAGAAAAAUUUAUAAUAACUUAAAAGUUAGAAGAGUCUUACUAAAUAAUUAAAGAUUUAAGAGAUUAAUGCUAAUUAUUUACAGAAAAAUUAUAAAAAACUGAAAUUUUUAAUAAAUAAUUACUUUUAGAAAGUGAAUAAUAAUAAAAACAAGUAAGAAAUUUAUUAUAAUUAUAGAUAAAAGCUUAAGAAAGUAAAAUUGAAGAACAUGAAGUUCAUAUUGAAUUGUUAUAAGUUUAAAUUAAUCACAAAUAAACUUAAUAAGCUGAAAUUGAUAGAUAAUCAGCAUUUAAAUAAUCAACAACAAAGAAAAGUUAAUCAGUUAAUAAGGAAAAUAAUAAUGAAUUAAUGAGAUUAAAGAAAUAAAAUACUGAAUUAACAAAAGAGGCUAUUUCUUUAAAUGAAUAGAUAUUAGAAUUAAAAGUAAUUAUUGAUAAAUAUUAUUAGAAUGUUAUAAAUAAAUUAAAUGAUUAAUUAACACAAUAAAGUAAAAUUAAAACAGGUUUAGAAUCAAGAAUUCAAAGUUUGAUCAAAGUUGUUGAAGAAUUUUAAUAAAAAUAGAUUUUAAAAUAAUAGGAUAGUUUAACAAAAGAAUAAUUCUAAAAUUAACAAGAGUAAAUCAAAAAGAAUUUUUAUAUUUAAAUUUAAUAGUUAACUAGGGAAAAUGAAGAAUUAAAAAAAUUAUUAUCAACAUAAGCAAAUCAAACUUUUAAUUCUACUGAAGAAGUGUCUUCUUUGUAAGAUACAGUAGCAGAUUUAAAUAGAGAAAAAGUAAACUUAAUUAGAGAGUUGAAUCAAGAACAUGAAGCAAAAGUUAAAUCUGAAGCUGAAAAAGAUAAAUUGAAAUAAUAAAUUGAAUAAUAUCAACUUGAAAUAGAGAAUUGUCAAAAUUAAUUAGAUCUCUAUGUUAAAGUAUUAAAAUAAAUGGAUGAAAAGCUAAAAUAGUAAUGA